AUGCCGCGCAAGAGAACCGACAUGGAGGCGAAGAUGGAGGAUGUGGGAAUAGAAAUUGAUGGAGAAGUAGAGAGUAGUGAAGAGGAGCCAGCGAGAAGGCCACGAGGGAAGAGACAGGCAGCUGGCCGCAAGAGCAAGAAGCCGCCCAGCGAUGAUGAAGAUGACGACGAGGAAGAGGAGGAUGCCCCUAAGAGGGGAAGAGGAGGCAAAGGAGCCAACAGGAAGAAGGCAAAGAAACAAGACAGUGAGGAAGAGGAGGACAGCGAGGAAGAGCGGCGGAGCAAACCCAACCGAAGAGGUGGAAAGAAGAAAGCGGCGAAGGCGGCGGACAGCGAGGACGAGGAGGAGAGCGAGGAAGAGCGGGGAGGCAAAGGCAAGCGGAAAGGAGGAAAGAACAAGAAACAGAAAGAGGAGCAAAACAGCAAGGAGAAGAAAGGAGAGGCCAAGGGCAAGGAGAAGGGCAAAGAGAAAGACAAGGGCAAGGAUAAGAAGAAGAAGAAGAAGAAAGACAGCAGCUCUUCAGGCUCUGACUCUAACUCAGAGGAGGAUGAGUCCAUGUCGGAGGGGGAGAUGGCUAGGCUGAUGGAGGAGGUGGAGGAGAAGAAGAAGCUCAUCUCCAACAUGAGGAACAAGCCCUGGCGUAUGAAGAGGAGGCUGGAGCACCUCAAAGAUGCCCAGCAGUUUGUGGAUAAAUUUGAGGGAGCUCUGGGCAAAGGGAAAGGCAGGAAACUCUAUGCUUACAAAGUAAUGAUGAUGAAGAAAUGGAUCAAGUUUCAGAGAGACUUUGAAAAUUUCAAAACGGCAUGCAUCCCCUGGGAGAGGAAAAUAAAGGAAGUUGAAAGCCACUUUGGCUCCUCUGUGGCCUCCUACUUCAUAUUCUUACGCUGGAUGUAUGGGAUGAAUUUAGUCCUCUUUGGCUUCACCUUCGGACUGGUGGUCAUUCCAGAGGUUUUGAUGGGGUUGCCGUAUGGGACUCUACCCAGGAAGACGGUUCCCAGAGCAGAGCAGGCCAAUGCCAUGGACUAUUCUGUUCUCAUGGAUUUCAAUGGUUAUUGCAAGUACUCGGUUCUCUUUUAUGGUUUUUACAACAAUCAAAGAACGAUUGGCCUGCUGAAGUACAGGCUUCCUCUGUCCUACCUCAUGGUGGGAGUGGGUUCGUUCGGAUACAGUCUCAUGGUUGUGAUAAGGACGAUGGCUACGAAUGCUGAUGUCGGGGGUGGGGAUGGGGAGGAUGGGGAGUUUACCUUUGCCUGGAAAAUGUUCACCAGCUGGGACUACCUCAUUGGGAACUCUGAGACCGCCGACAACAAAUACGCCUCCAUUACCACCAGCUUCAAGGAGUCCAUUGUGGAUGAGGAGGAGAACCAGAAGGAUGAGAAUAUUCACCUGCGGCGUUUCCUGCGUGUCCUGGCCAAUGCGCUGAUCCUCUGCAGUCUGGGUGGCAGCGGGUACCUCAUCUACUUUGUGGUGAAGAGGUCGCAGGAAUUUGCCAACAGGGUCGACCUCAGCUGGUAUGAAAAGAACGAGGUGGAGAUAAUAAUGUCGCUGCUGGGCCUGGUUUGCCCACCGCUGUUUGAAACCAUCGCCGAGCUGGAGGAGUAUCACCCCCGUAUCGCCCUGAAGUGGCAGCUUGGCCGAAUAUUCGCCCUGUUUCUGGGAAAUCUCUACACCUUCCUCUUCGCUCUGUUUGAUGAAGUAAACGCAAAGCUUGAAGAGGAGGACUCCAUUAAGAACGCAUCCAUCUGGGCCCUGAAAGAAUACUAUGCCAACUUCACUGCCAACAACAAUGACACGGAGGUGACCCCUCCCCCCAUCAAUCCUGCUGAUGUCAUCAGAGGGCCCUGCUGGGAGACCACUGUGGGCAUUGAAUUUGUGAAGCUCACCGUUUCUGAUAUUCAAGUGACAUAUCUGACAAUCCUGAUUGGGGACUUCCUGCGAGCAGUAAUCGUCAGGUUUCUGAACUACUGUUGGUGCUGGGACCUGGAAGCAGGAUUUCCAUCGUAUGGAGAAUUCGACAUCAGUGGCAACGUUCUGGGCCUGGUCUUUAACCAGGGGAUGAUAUGGAUGGGUGCGUUCUACGCCCCGGGCCUAGUGGGCAUUAACGUGCUGAGGCUGCUCAGCUCCAUGUACUACCAGUGUUGGGCCGUGAUGAGCUGCAACGUGCCCCACGAGCGCGUUUUCAAGGCCUCCAAGUCCAACAAUUUCUACAUGGGCCUGCUGCUGCUCAUCCUGUUCCUCAGCCUGCUGCCCGUGGUCUACACCAUCAUGACCCUGCCGCCCUCCUUCGACUGCGGCCCCUUCAGCGGUAAAGGCAAGAUGUUUGAUGUCAUCAUGGAGACCAUUGAUCUGGACCUGCCGGCAUUCAUCGGAACGCUGUUCAGCUACGCGGCUAAUCCAGGCCUCAUCAUACCGGCUGUGCUGCUCAUGGUACUGGCCAUUUACUACCUGAACUCUGUCUCCACGGCGUACCAAAACUCCAAUAUGGACCUGAAGAAGAAGAUUCAAAUGCAACGGGAUGAGGAGAAAAACCGACGGAAUAACACAGACAGCACUAAUCAAGUAAUGAAGGACCUGGAAGAUCUGAUGCCCAACCGUUCCCUGGCUCCCCCGCCCCCCCCCCGAACCCAGUGCAGAAAAAAAAAUAGUGACGCUGGGGGCAAGUCUCCUAAGGUGUCUGGGAAGCCGGGUGCAGCAGCCAAUGGGGUGAAGCUUCAGAAAGACGUGUCACUGGCUGCACCCAAUCCACGAAGGCCUGUGUCCCGCCCCCCGGGUCCCCGAGGGCCGGGGCCCCUCCCUGGGGACACAGGGCCCGGACCUGGGCGGGCAAGAGGAGGGCCCCCAAAGCGCUAG